GGUGCGGAGAUGCAAAGAUACCGAAGAAGAUACAGACCAAAAUUAGAAACCUUUGAUAUCUUGUGUCCGUAAGAACCCUAAAUUCCAAAUAGUGCUUCCACCUAAUUUUCGGAUUUAUACUUGGUCUUGCUCUUUGAGAGCCGAGGUUUUAUUUCUGAUUGGGAUAGUUCACGCGAGCUGUGUUGAAUUUUCGACCUUGCUAUUUUUGGACAGGGACAUAGGAGGAAGCGGAACAGCACAUCAGAAACCGAGUUCUGCCAUUUGUUCGAGCUUUCCACAAACCAACCUUUCCGACAGUAUCUAGAAAGACAAAAAGAAAAAAAUGGGUCUGUCUAGUCUUCCUGCUCCGUCAGAAGGAAUGCUCUGUGUGCUACUAGUAAACACUGCCUCGUCGAUAGCCAUAGUCAAAGGGAUAGUCAGAUCGAUCCUCCACAUUGUUGGUAAUAUCCGCCUCUCGUCAUCCUCUGCUGCUGCAGCAGCAGCAUCAGAUCCAUCUGACACAUACUCAGACGAAGCAUACGACCUGAGAAUCUACGCUUCGGAAUGUAACUACCUCGACGAGUUCAGGAGCCGGAACCCACCAACUCAGUUCAAGAGCAUAUGUAGUUGCCAACGACGUUCCGACCAGAAAUGUUCGGUCUGUUUGAUGAAAUUCGAACCAGAGUCAGAGAUAAACAAGUUGGAAUGUGGGCACGUGUUCCACAAGGCGUGUCUGGAGAAAUGGAUAGAUUACUGGAACAACACUUGCCCCUUGUGUCGGAACCCUUUGCUCCCACAGGAAGAGCUUUCGUCGUCGUGUUUCUGGUGAAGCAUUUGGUUUGAAGAAGAGGGUUUUCCAAUGUACAGAAGAUGGGAUUAUACUGUUGUUGUUGUUUUUUGUACAGAGGGGGCAUGAAAGUGGAAGUGAUAUGAUGUACUAACUAAAAUGGUAUUCAAGCUCUCACAUAGCAUGUUAGCUUAAAUCAA